UGGUAGGUGUGUGUAGUAUGACUCUUAAGUAUUCAAGAGAUGACAUAGAUAGCCAAUAAGACAGAAAAAAACAUGGAAGUUUCAAUCUGCUAUGAAAGAUCAAUCUAUAUAAAUUUUCAUACCAAAGGCAAAAGGCACAAAGGCAACAAGGUUGAUCAAAAUUUGUGCUAUUGAUAAUUAUGUCUCAUCCAACAACUUCAAAGUAUGAUGUGUUCCUCAGCUUCAGAGGAGAGGACACUCGUGAAAACUUCACUAGUCAUCUUUACAAAGAGUUGUAUAGAAAAAAUAUUGAAACAUUCAUAGACUAUAAGCUUGGCAGGGGAGAAGAGAUUUCUCCAGCACUGCUGAAAGCAAUAGAAGAAUCAGAUAUUUAUGUGGUCAUUUUGUCGGAACAUUAUGCUUCUUCCACUUGGUGUUUGGAAGAACUCACAAUGAUACUUGAAUGUAGGAAGAAAUAUGGUAGGGAAAUUAUACCUGUUUUCUAUAAGGUGGAUCCAUCAGAUGUUAGGCAUCAGAGAAAGAGUUAUGCAGACGAUUUUGCUAAACAUGAAAAACAACCUGCUGACAAAGUUGAGGCAUGGCGGACUGCUCUAAGAAAAAUUGCUGAUCUUUCUGGCAUGCAUUCCAAAAACUUCAGCCAUGAAAGUGAACUUGUUGAAGAGAUUGCAAAAGAUGUUUUGAACAAACUAAAAGAUUGUUCCUUAAGUGAUCAUCAAAGAAUGAUUGGAAUUGAAAAGCACAUUCAACAAAUUCAAUCUUUGUUGCUCCUCGAGUCGCCAUCUGUUCGUAUCAUAGGAAUAUGGGGCAUGGGAGGGAUAGGCAAAUCAACAAUUGUUAGUACAAUUUACCGCAAACUUAGAACUGAUUUCAGUUCUGGAAGCAUUGUUCUAAAUUUUAAAGAAGAAGUAGAAAGACUUGGAAUAGACCAAGUAAAAAGAAAAUGCUUAUCACAACUUCUAGAUGAUAAAGACGCGACUUCUUCUCGAUCCAGUUUUUCGUCUGAACGAAGGCUUGAACGAGCAAAGGUUCUCUUUAUUCUCGAUGAUGUGAGUGAUUGUGGUCAAAUUCUAGGCUUAAUUCGACACAGUAAAUUCGGCCAAGGGAGUAGAAUCAUUGUGACUAGUAGAGACAAGCAAGUGCUUCACAAUGUUGUUGAUUAUAUAUAUCAUGUAAAGGAGAUGGAUUUUCAAGACUCCCUACAACUUUUCUGUUUAAGUGCUUUUAAACAAAACCAUCCAAAAGAAACUUAUGAGGGCUUAUCAGAAAAGGUAUUACAUUAUGCUAAAGGGGUUCCAUUAGUUCUCAAAAUUUUUGGCUUAUUGCUUCAUGAUAAAGUAAAGGAGAUAUGGGAAAGCGCGUUGAAAAAGCUCGAGAAGCAAACUGAUGUUACAGCUUUCAAUGUGUUGAAGUUAAGUUAUGACGGACUUGACGAUGAACAGAAGGAUAUAUUUCUUGACAUAGCUUGCUUUUAUAGAGGACAUUUGGUGAAUGUUGUAGCGCAAACAUUGGAUUGUUGUGGUUUUUCUGCCCAAUACGGAAUGGAUGUUCUCAAAGAUAGAUGCCUUAUAUCAAAUUUAGAAGGUAGAAUUGUGAUGCAUGAUCUAGUACAGGAAAUGGGACAAAAAAUUGUUCGACAACAAUGCGUUGAUAAUCCUGGAAAACGAAGUCGGUUAUGGAUGGCCGAUGAUAUUUAUACUAUUUUGAGAAACAAUAGGGGGACAGAUGCAAUUCAGUGUAUAUUCCUUGACUUAUGCAAGAUAAAGAAAGUUGAACCACAUGCUGAAACUUUCAAAGAAAUGCAUAAUCUUAGAAUGAUCCAAUUCUAUAAUCCUUCUGCAUUUCGGAAAGAAUCAAAUGUGAUCAUUCGUACGGUUCUGAAGAGUCUUCCGGAUAAUUUAAAAUUUCUUCGUUGGGAUGGUUUCCCUCAAAGAUCUUUGCCGCUAGAUUUUUGUCCAGAAAAUCUUGUUACACUUGAUAUGCCUCAUAGCCGUCUUGAAAAACUUUGGGACGGGGAUCAGGAUUUGCCGAAUUUGAAAAGGCUUAACCUUAGUUUUUCUCAGAAGCUGAUAGAAGUUCCAGACCUCUACUUGUCACCAAAUAUUGAAGAAAUAAUUCUGAGUCAUUGUGCAAGUUUGGUACAAGUUCACUCCUCAGGCUUCCUCGACAACCUGAACUGUUUAUGCAUAAACGGUUGUAUCGAACUCAGGAGUUUGAAUCUUCCUAGCAAUAUUCUAUCGAAAUCAUCAGGAUUAGUUGUUCUCCAUGGUUGUGUCAACCUUGAAACACUUGUAAUCAGCAGUAGUAGAACUGAGGCAGUUCAAUCAAACAGUUGUUCGCGUUUUUAUGGACUUUGGGACUUUGAAGCGAUAAAUGUUUAUGGACUUAGCGAUGAACAUGAACCAAAGAAAGACGCCGGGGGUUAUGAGAUUGGUGAAUACUCUUCAAGAGCUUUUCGUCCCGUUGAUAAUGCAGACGUAUACAAAAACGAAGAACCAUUGGACAAUAUCUGCUUGCUAAACAUGAAAGUGAAGAUAGACACAAUGCCCUCAUUAUUUUCAAGUAUCAAUCAACUUUGUUGGUUAGAUAUUUCUAAAUGCGAGUCCUUAACAUUCCUACCACCUGAAGUUUUCAAUCUGAGUUUUCUAAGAAGACUUUAUCUCGGCGGAUGUUUAAAUUUGGAAGAGUUACCUGAAAUCAAGAAGAGCAUGGAAAAUCUAACCGUGCUCGUCUUAGACAAAACAGCAAUAAGAGAACUACCUUCAUCCUUGAACCAUUUGAUCCGGCUAGAAGAAUUGAGCUUGAAAAGGUGUUCAAGGCUCAUGACUAUUCCGUCUUCCAUUGGAAAUCUCAGCAAACUCGUCAAAUUAGACCUCACCGACUGUGAAUCACUUAAAACUUUUCCAAGCAGCAUUUUCAAACUGAAGUUGACGAAACUCGACUUGCACGGUUGCACAAUGCUUAGGACCUUUCCAGAGAUCUUAGAGCCAGCCGAAAGUUUCACUCUUAUUAACUUAACAAAAACAGCAAUUCAAAAUUUGCCUUCGUCAUUCGAGUAUUUGGUUGGGUUGCAAACCUUGCGCCUGAAUCUUUGUAGUAAUCUGGUGUCACUUCCAAACAGCAUUGUCAAACUAAAUCGUCUAUCCGUUCUUGAUUGUUCCGGUUGUUGCAGAUUAACAAAAAUCCCAAAUGACAUUGGUUGCUUGUCAUCAUUGACGAAACUUUCGUUGCAAGAAAGCGGUAUUAUGAACCUUCCCGAAAGCAUGUCUCAUCUCUCGAAUUUGGAAUCACUUGACAUAAGUGAUUGCAAAUGGCUUGAAUGUAUCCCAAAUCUUCCGCCACGUCUAAACCAGUUCUCCGCGUUUGAUUGCCAAUCCAUUAAGACACUGGAGCCAAAUUCAAAGGUGAAACUCCUAUCUACUUCCAAAGAAGGUACCUUCAAAUUUCAUUUCACCAAUAGUCAAAAACUAGAUGAAACUUUUUCGAAAAACAUCGGUGAAGUAGCAUGGCAUAAGAUCUCUGAUGAUGCAUAUAGGAUAGUGUUCUUCAGUUUUUCAGGAAGCGCAGUUCCUAGCUGGUUACCUUACAGUUGCAAGGGAAACUCAGUAACAAUGAAAAAAGAUUCUCCUUAUUUGUGGGGCUAUAACAGGCUUGUUGGAUUUGCUCUUUGUGUCGUUUUUCGACGCGCAAAUAUUGAAGACACCGAAACAAGAAGUACUAGCUUUGUAUACAGACUAACAUUUGAAUCCAAUGGCGAAACACGAUAUCUUCCAUACCAAGGCCUAAAACUCGAUAUCUACUGGAAGGAUCGAAGCCGGUAUUUCAUCGAAGAUCAAACAUUUCUAUGGAAAUAUCAAUUGGACUUAGCAAGCAUUGGCAAUGAGCUCUUUCAUGCCUACAACUUCAUUUUAGAGAUUCAAGAAGAUAUUCGGCAUCUCUCAAGUUCUACUUCGAACAUCAUUGUGAAAGAAUGUGGAAUCUGUCCUCUAUAUACCAAAUAUAGUGGUAGUAAUGUUAUGAGAUUGUUAUAUAAUGGCAAUGAAGGACCAAGUGAGAGCAAACAUGGAUCAUAAUAAUGUUUAAGUCUUAAACUCUUAUGAGUAUAUGAUUCUAUAUCAUAAAAACAAGUUUAUUCGCAUGUAAUUCUCUUUGUUAAAACUCUUAUAAAUUCACUUGUUAAAAUUUGUAAAUUCACUUUUAAAUUUCGUU